AUGGCCUCUCGACGCAAUGUGCGCACAGUCGACGAGUGCGCGUCGAUCGGCCGUGAGAAUCACACCGUGGUGGCUGACAUGGAUGGCACUCUGCUUUGUGGGCGCAGCUCCUUCCCGUAUUUUGCACUUGUGGCCUUCGAGGUUGGCGGCAUCUUGAGGCUUCUGGGGUUGCUCUUGGUGUUGCCCCUCGCGGGAAUCCUGUACUAUUUCAUCUCGGAAUCUGCAGGGAUUCAGGUUCUGAUAUUUGCCACCUUCACAGGAAUGAGAGUGGCGGAUAUCGAGUCAGCCGCACGAGCUGUGCUGCCAAAAUUUUACUCUGCGGAUCUCCACCCGGAGACAUGGCGUGUUUUUUCGUCCUGUGGGAGACGGUGUGUGCUCACUGCAAAUCCAAGGGUGAUGGUUGAAGCGUUCCUUAAGGAUUAUCUCGAAGCGGAUAUGGUGAUCGGCACCGAGAUUGCGACGUACAAGGGGAGGGCCACUGGCCUUGUGUCGCCCUCAGGGGUGUUGGUUGGAGGAAAGAAGGCGGAGGCCCUGAAGGUGGCCUUUGGAGAGGACGUGCCCCAUAUCGGCCUUGGUGAUCGGAAGACUGACCUUCCCUUCAUGACGCUCUGCAAGGAGGCGUAUAUGGUCCCGGCAAAUCCAAAGGUGGAGGCAGUGAGCGGAGAGAAGCUGCCUAAGCCCAUCAUCUUCCACGAUGGUCGCCUGGUUCAGAAGCCCACCCCACUAGUGGCACUCCUCACAAUCCUCUGGAUCCCUGUGGGCUUCAUCCUAGCCUGUUUACGCAUAGCAGCCGGCGCCCUUCUCCCGAUGCCCCUCGUCUACCACGCCUUUCGAGCCCUAGGCGUUCGCGUCACCAUCAAAGGGACUCCCCCACCACCUGCCCAACGCUCCGCCGGUGUGUCGGGUGUCUUGUUCAUCUGCUCCCACCGCACCCUCCUCGACCCCAUCUUCCUCUCCACCGCCCUCGGCCGACCGAUCGCCGCCGUCACCUACUCCGUCUCUCGCUUGUCUGAGAUCCUGUCUCCCAUCAAGACCGUCAGACUGAACCGUGACCGCACCAAGGACGCGAACAUGAUAAAGGAAUUGCUUCAAGAAGGCGACCUUGUCAUCUGCCCUGAGGGAACCACUUGCAGGGAGCCUUUCUUGUUGAGGUUCAGCGCUUUGUUUGCGGAGCUCACGGAUGAGAUCGUGCCGGUGGCCAUGGCUAACAGGAUGAGCAUGUUCCACGGGACGACUGCUCGGGGUUGGAAGGGUAUGGACCCCUUCUACUUCUUCAUGAACCCGACCCCUGCGUAUGAGGUCACGUUCCUCAACAAGCUUCCGAAGGAACUGACCUGCGCGGGGGGGAAGUCGAGCCAUGAGGUAGCCAACUACAUACAGAGGGUGAUUGCCUCUACACUCUCUUAUCAGUGCACCAACUUCACUAGGAAGGACAAGUACAAGGCGCUUGCAGGCAACGAUGGCACUGUAGCUGAGAAGAAGCCUGGCCUCCCACCCAACAAGGUCAUGGGUUGCUAGCUGUGUGCCUAAGGCGUAUUUUGAAUUUUGAGUCUCGCUGGUUUCUUUUUCUUUUUUUUUUGGUAAAUCAGUGCGGACAACAGCCCCAACCCAUUAUUUCAAAUAGUUCAUGAGUUAGUUUUUUUUUGAAAGGGUUAGUGGGAUGAUGUGAAAUGGAAACCAUAACGUGGUGACUAGA